AUGCCAGCUGAAUUCUCUACCGAGCAAUUCCUGGCCGAAUGCAUCAAGUGCUCCGAGACAAAACUUAAGGUCAACUAUGAAGACUUGGCCGGCAAGACUGGUAUGAGUGUUGGUGGUGCUCGCAACAAGUUCAACGCCAUCAUGAAGCGCAUCGAGGCUGAGCGUGGAGAGGCUGGUCACGAUACCCCUGCCACUCCAAAGACUCCGCGUAAGCGUGGCCCCAAGGCUGCUGGAGUCGCCGACGGUGCUGAUGGAUCCUCCACCAAGAAGCCGCGCUACUCCAAGAAGAAGGCUAAGGGAGUGGUCAAGGAGGAAGAGGCUGAGGAAGGUCCUGACGGUACUCCCAAGGCCGAGAACGAGGAGUCGAAGGCUGCUGAGGGUGAGCAGGGUAGUGACGAUGGUGCUUCUGCCUAG